UUGGAAGCGACGCCGGUGGGACUGAAAGGGGACAAGGCUCACAUUUGGAGCUCUGUUUGGAGAGAGUCAAGUGCCAUCUGCAAGCUGUCCUUCUGGUAUUACAUUUCCCAAAAGGCCUCAGGAACCAUCCGGCUGCUGAUCAAGAUGCGUUUCUAUCUCCACAUGUCUGGGGACGGUAUCGGGACCCUGAGCGUUUUCACCCAAACCAAAGGCGGGCUCCACCUCCGGCUGAACCUGACCGGAGAUCAGGGAAACUUCUGGCAGAUGAAGGAGCUCCCGCUCAGCAGCCCCGAGGACUUCCGGGUGCUGCUGGAGGGCCGGGUGGGCCGAACAGAAAAGGGCGACAUCUGCCUGGACGACAUCAGCUUCUCCCCCGGGUGCCUUCUGGCCCCUUUAGCCACCAACACAGACACCAGCCUCUCUCCUACUGCAGGGCCGUGUCCUUUGGGCUCCCGGCUCUGUGGGAACGGCGGGUGCUUCUCUCCGGAGCAGAGCUGCGACUUCACGGACGACUGCGGCGACGGCACGGAUGAAGAGGAUUGUGGGACUUCCUGCUCCUUCGAGAACGGCCGCUGUGGCUGGAAAAGCUCUCUGGCCGACAAUUUUGACUGGGCUCUGGGUACUGGAUCCCUCCGGGCCAUACGGCCUCCGCAUGACCACACGCUGAUGAAUGAAAACGGUAUAUGGCUCCUCUUUUUGCUUAUACUUGAUUAG